AUGGCCAUGACGAAGGAAUUUGAAGGUCUGGACAAGGUCAUGAUCGACUUCUCCUACGUCGGUAGGGACCUACAUGGACUGGCUUACCAGAAGGACGAAGAUACCGUAGAGGGGAGGCUCUUUGACGCAUUAGACAAGGUCAACAUGCUCAAGGACUUGGUAAGCAGUCGCUACGAAAGAGCCGCAAGAACUGACAAGGGUGUCCACGCUCUGCACAAUUACUGCUCAUUCUUUGUCGAUCCUGGGUUCGUUCUUUCCUUGCCAGACCAUCUGCACAGGUUCUACGAGUUUCUAAAACCGUCCCUCGUGAAAUUUGAGACUGAUGAAGAAAGGAAUCUCUUCAGGCAGACACGCAUCAGCGGAAUGACUAGGCCCAUCAACAAGCAUCUCCCCAAGUACAUUCGUGUCAAUAGCAUAGCCAUUGUGCCUCCGAACUUUAGCGCCAGGGGAGACUGCACCUAUCGAAUUUACAAGUACUACUUUCAACCAGAGAACAUGGACAUUUAUUUGAUGAGAGAAGCCUGUCAAUACUUUGUGGGUCAUCACAAUUUCACUCAGUUUUGUAAAACGGACAAGAGAAAUCCAAAGGAUCCAAAUAAAACCAUUUACUUUUUCGGGAUUGAAAAGUACAAUGAUCUCCUACAUGCGGCUGUGAUCAAGGGGAGUUCGUUCCUAUGGCACCAGGUCCGCUGCAUGAUGGCGGUUUUAUUUCUAGUCGGAAAAGGAACUAUAAACGCUGUGGAAAUCAAAAACAUGCUAGAGAGGCAUGAUGAAGAAAAAAUGAAGUUUGUCUAG